AUGGGGUCUGAGCCAGCAAGUGGAGCGGGGCCUCGCAGGAGACGGGAGAGAUCUCCAGAAGAGGGGCUGCCCACCGUACAGGGCGGACAGUGGGCGAUGGCCAGGCGAGCGCUAAUGACAGUCCUGCUUUUCAGUCUAAUCCUUGGUGGUUCUCUGCUGCUUUGGGGCUACGUUUUCCAGGGCUGUGGUCCUGCCCACUGUGAGACGCCUGUGUGUCGGGACCUCCUGAGUCUUUACCUGGCCUCUGGAAACACCAGUGUGGCCCCCUGCACUGAUUUCUUUAGCUUUGCCUGUGGAAACACCAACAGGACCACUAGUUCUUUUCAGGCUCUUGCAAAGGAGAACAAGCACCGACUUCAGAGAAUACUGGAAGCCCCAGGUUCCUGGCGCCUGGACUUCUCUGGGGAGGAGAAAGCCUUCCAAUUCUACAACUCCUGCAUGGACACAGGUGCCAUUGAGGCUGCAGGGGCUGGUCCCCUCAGACAAGUUAUUGAGGAGCUUGGAGGCUGGCCAAUCUCCGGUAAUUGGACUCCCUUAGACUUUAACCGAACUCUGAGCCUUCUGAUGAGUCAAUAUGGUCACUUCCCAUUCUUCAGAGCCUAUUUGCGACCUCUUCCCACCCCUCCGUACACGCCAGUCAUCCAGAUAGACCAGCCAGAGUUUGACGUUCCCCUCAAGCAAAAGCAGGAAAUGAACUAUGCCCAGAUCCUGCGGGAAUACCUGACUUACCUGAAUCGCCUGGGAACCUUGCUGGGAGGAGACCCAAACAAGGUGGGAGAACACGCCUCCUUUUCCAUCUCCAUUAACUCACAGCUGUACCAGUUUCUGAGGACCCCGGAGCAGCAGCAGGCACAGGGAAAGCUCUUCCAGAUGGUCACGAUUGACCAACUGCAGGAAAUGGCCCCUGCCAUCGAUUGGUUGUCCUGCUUGCAAGCGACAUUCGCACCAAUGUCCCUGAGCCCCUCUCAUCCCGUCGCAGUCCAUGACCUGGAGUAUUUGAAAAACAUGUCGCAACUGGUUGAAAAGCAGCUGUCGAAGCACAGGGACUUUCUGCAGAGCCACAUGAUCUUGGGUCUGGUGGGGACCCUUUCUCCAGCCCUGGACAGUAAAUUCCAAGAGGCACGUAGAUUGCUGAGCCAGAAACUGGGGGAGCUGACAGGACGACCACCCACGCCCGCCCACCCUCGCUGGAUGACGUGUGUGGAGAAGACAGAAGCCUUCUUCAAGCCUACGCUGGCAGCCUUGUUUGUCCGUGAGGCCUUCGGCCCCAGCACCCGAAGUGCUGCCAUGGAAUUAUUCACUGCAAUCAAGGACGCCCUCAUCGCUCGCUUCCAAACGCUUCCUUGGAUGGAUGAAGAGACCCGGGCAAAGGCCCAGGACAAGGUCGCCCAGCUGCAGGUGAAGAUGGGGGCCCCGGAAUGGGCCUUGAAGCCAGACCCAGCCAGACAAGAAUACAACGAUAUACAACUUGGACCCAGCUUCCUGCAGUCCUUCCUGAGCUGUGUCCGAUCCCGCCGAGCUAGAAUCAUCAGGAGUUUCCUGCAGCCUUUCCCCAACCACAGGUGGCAGGUGCUCCCCUGGGGCGUAAAUGCUUACUAUUCAAUACCUGACCAUGUGGUGGUCUUCCCAGCUGGACUCCUCCAACCCCCGUUUUUCCACCCUGGCUACCCCAGAGCUGUGAACUUUGGCGCCGCCGGCAGCAUUAUGGCCCAUGAGCUGUUGCACAUCUUCUACCAGCUCUUAUUCCCUGGGGGCUGCCCAGCCUGUGACACCCAUGCCCUACAGGGGGCGCUAGUGUGCCUGGAGCACCACUAUGCUGCCUUUCCAUUACCCAACGGAACCUUCUUCAAUGGCUCCCGCACAUUCCUGGAGGAUGCUGCAGACACGGGGGGACUGGCCAUUGCACUGCAGGCAUACAACAAGAGGCUAUUAUGGUACCGUGGGGAGACCACCCUGCCCAACCUGAACUUCAGCCCCUGGCAACUCUUCUUCCGAAGCUAUGCCCAGGUGAUGUGUAGGGGCCCCAGCACCCAGGAUCCUCAGGACACUCACAGCCCUCCUACCCUUCGAAUCCACGGGCCCCUAAGCAACAGCCCAGCCUUCGCCAGACACUUCCGCUGUCCCCAUGGCACCCUCAUGAACCCCUCCAGCCGCUGCCAACUCUGGUAACCCAGCUGGCUCCCAAAGAGACCUCAGUACAGGUGUAUCACCAUCUCCCUGCCCCAUCCCUGGA